CAUGUUUCUGCCGCGCCGCUCGUGCCUUUUCCUUGCUUUUCCUUCUCGGCGACGACAUCCACUUAAUUGUUCUUAACUGUGGUACACGGCAGCAGCCGCCCAGGAACCUCAUAACCUUCUUGUACUCGUACAAGUACCACUAUUUCGUUUCUUGAUGCAAUAGUUUACUGUGGCAGACCCCUCUUAUCCACUUUGAUGUUGGAUUCGUGAACCGUCCACCAACCCCUCGGCAAUUGGGGACUGGACGUCCACUGCAUCCUCCGAUCACCAUCGACAUCGUUCACGGUUCCUGCCCAUCUGUCAAGUGGUCUGGAUCGCCAUUUGUUUGAACGUCGACUGGUCGUUCCAGACAAGAGCAAAAAGUGUAUGCCAUGAACGGAGAGAAGGAGCAGUUUGUAAUUCAUCCGAGACUCAAGCUUCCACUUGACCACCCCGACCAUCCAUGGAACGAGCGAGGAUAUCGACCCGACCUGGCAGCCUCGCCGCAAACUACCUUUGAAGAUCCAGGCGGUGAAAUCGCGUACCAGCGAGCCUUUGCCAGAGCCGCCGCCAAGAACCCUGGUAGAGUGCCAUGCCCUUCAUUCUUCCCAAAUUCACCCACUGCAGCCACCUUCACAGAAUGGAAAGACAGGACCCUGUUCUCACCGAAACCCGGAACCAUCCUCAACUCCAGACAUGCUCCAGCAUCGCUGUCCAAUGGUUCCAGCGGUCCACAAGAGAACCUCCCAUCCCCGGGAUACAGUGAGGAUCUUCCCAUUCCUCACCACCGCAACACCAUGACCAAUGGCGAACACUCCAAAACAAGCUCGGGAUCCAGCACGCCGCUGAUCGUAAAAGAGCAACAAAGGUCGCCGAGACCGAUAAGAACAAUUGCCGAACAAUCACGGCCUCAACCUUUUGCUCAAGAUGUGCCCAUGACGGACGUCCUACCUAUGACAUUGGAACCCAAAUUCAAUGCUGCUCCACCGGGUCCUGAUAGGGUGUUUCGAUAACGACGAAAGGAAGACAAGCAGCGACAGUUUGCUACUUUUCCUUUCACCAAUGAAUCUUUCGAGAACAUCCCCCUUGGGAAUAUUCAUCCGAGGGUGGACCAAAAAGCGAACGGUCUUCAGGCCGUUUUCGGACGUUGAUGGCCUUGAUGCCCACUAUAACCAGUUUAUACCAGCGUUGAUGAUAUAUGAGGUGCAUGUAAUGGGGCGGAUGGCAUAAAAACGAGGAAGUAAUAUGAGGCGCAGGAGCUUGAAACCCUAGGAGCUUACGAAAAGAGCGUUCGCAUUGAGGGUCUUGCAUUCCUUCGAUGAUUUGCAUUUUCCAACAACGAAAUGGCCAAACGACUGGCCACACCAAAGUUCGCAACAUCGCCAUCGAUGGCCAAUGGAAGAGAAGCGACGAGAGAUUGUUAUUCCGAUCUAGAGGGGGCCAGAAUAACGAAGAAUAAUGCAAAUGAUUCCUCCGAAGGUCACCACAUACAGACAGAGAUCGAGAUUUUUCUCACGACUGGAGUUGAAGCCAUUUUCAAUCAGCAUUCUAGCUUCGUCGAAAUCUAUCGUCACUUUCAGUAGACUUUAUUCAAGUUGCUAACUUCGAGCCUUUAUACUGA